GCAGCGCUUCAGCCGUUGCGGCGGCCGUUGCCAUGGCAGCGCGGGGUCGGGCUUCCGCUGCCGCGCGAUGGAGGCCGCGCAGGUGCCCGACGGGCAGUACACGGCCGUGGUGUACCGGCUGAUCGGCGGCGGGCGGUACGCCGAGGCGGCGUUGCUGUUGAGCAACGAGCUGCAUAAGAGCUGCCGCUCGCGGGGCGGCCUUUCGCUGCUGGGCUACUGCCAGUACCGCCUGCAGAACUUCAAGGCGGCGGCCGAGUUCUACGAGCAGCUGGUGGCCUUGCACCCGGAGCUGGACGCGUACCGGCUCUACCAGGCGCAGGCCCUCUACAAGGCCGGGCUGUACGCCGAGGCCCUGCGAGCCGCCAGUCCGCUGCUGGACCUCCCUGCCUACCAGGGCCGGGCCCUGCGCCUGCAGGCGGCCAUCCUCUACGCCCAGGGCGACCUCCCGGCGGCCAAGAGCCUGGUGGAGGAGGCGCUGGCAGCCGCCACAGACAGCAGCUCCGGAGCAGCCGAGGACCCUUCAGAGAGGGCCAAUGCCGAGGUCAGCUUGGGCUGCCUGCUGUACCGGGAGGGGCGGCACGAAGAGGCCAGUGUCAAGUUUGCCAGCGCCAUGCAAGUGGUGGGCUACAGCCCCGAGCUGUGUUACAGCGUGGCGCUGUGCUACUACGCGGCCAAGCAGUACGCCCCUGCCCUCAAACACCUUGCUGAUAUCAUCGAGUGCGGCAUCCACCAGCACCCAGAGCUCAGUGUGGGCAUGACCACUGAAGGCAUCGAUGUCCGUAGCGUGGGCAACACGCUGCUCCUGCACCGCACGGCCCUGGUGGAGGCCUUCAACCUCAAGGCAGCCAUUGAGUAUCAGCUGCAUAACCUGGAGGCAGCCCAGGAGGCACUCACAGACAUGCCACCGAGGGCCGAAAAGGAGCUGGACCCAGUCACGCUGCACAACCAAGCGCUGAUGAACAUGGACAGCCAGCCCACAGAAGGCUUUGAGAAACUGCGGUUUCUGCUGCUGCAGAACCCUUGUCCGCCAGAAACUUUUGGAAACUUGUUACUCCUCUAUUGCAAGCAUCAGUACUACAACCUAGCAGCUGAUGUGCUGGCAGAGAAUGCCCAUCUGACCUACAAACUGCUCACACCUUACUUGUACAACUUCUUGGAUGCCGUUAUUACUAGUCAAACUGCCCCUGAGGAGGCUUUCCACAAGCUAGAAGAUUCAGCAGGGAUGCUGACUGAGCAGCUGAGAAAACUCAUGAAGCAGGUGCAGGAAGCUAGGCAAAACUGGGAUGAUGAAGCUGUAAAAAAGGCAGUGAAUGAGUAUGAUGACGCUCUGGAUAAAUAUGUACCUGUCUUGAUGGCCCAGGCAAAGAUCUACUGGGACAUGAAGAACUACGCAAUGGUAGAAAAGAUCUUCCGCAAAUCAGUGGAGUUCUGUAACGAGCAUGAAGUGUGGAAGCUCAAUGUGGCUCACGUGCUCUUCAUGCAGAACAAGUAUAAAGAGGCCAUCACCUUCUAUGAGCCAAUAGUGAAAAAGCACUAUGACGACAUUCUCCGUGUGAGUGCCAUCGUGUUGGCUAACCUCUGCGUUUCCUACAUCCUGACAAGCCAGAAUGAUGAAGCAGAGGAACUGAUGAGGAACAUCGAGAAGGAGGAAGAGCAUCUGUCUCUUAAUAAUCCCAAUAAAAACAGCUACCAUCUUUGCAUCGUCAACCUAGUCAUUGGUACCCUCUACUGCGUGAAGGGAAACUACAACUUCGGUAUUUCAAGGGUCAUCAAAAGCCUGCAGCCAUACAACAAAAAACUGAGCACUGAUACGUGGUACUACGCCAAGCGGUGUUUCCUGUCCCUGCUGGAGAACAUGUCCAAGCACAUGGUCAUGCUGCAUGACAGCGUUAUUCAAGACUGCAUUCAGUUUCAGAAGCAAUGUGAGCUGUAUGGACGAAACAUCCCAGCUGUCAUUGAGCAACUUCUAGAAGAGAAGAGGAUGCACAGUGGGAAAAACACAGUUACCUACGAAGCCAGGCUUUUGAGGGCACUGAUGUAUAAGAUCAUUGGGUGGACUGCAUAAAUGCUGUUUCCAUACUGUAGGAAUGAGAACUUUGUUCUAUCCUUAAGCUUGUGAGGUGGUUCUCACCCUCCUGGUAUGGGUCCAUAGUGGUAUAGGUUUUUCUUCAUGGCUUACUUUUAAAGAUUUUGUCCUGUAUUUUAACAACAUUCAGUGGAAAACAGGACAUUUGCACCAAAAUAACUCAGUAAUCUGACACGUUACAUACACUGUAAGAGGUGUUGACCAAGAACUUGCAGAAAUAUCAUACAGCUUUCAUCUGUAAAGUAUUUUAUCCUUCUGAGAUGUGGAUCAAGUUUCUUUUCAUGGGCUGACAGUUGAAAAUAUUUUUUAUUUAACACUUGAGCACAGAAAUUGAAGAAACAGCUGUUCUGAUUCUCUAAUUUGUACCUGUGUCUGAAACAUUUGUUUCGUAUGCUCUUUUCCAAGGCAUUUUUAGUAUGUUACAGACCAUGUUGAUAGUAUAAUAAAGCACUGCAAAAAAAUGGCUUAAUAAUAAAAAGU